AAUGACAAUCCCUAUUUGCACCCAACCCACGCACAACCCUCCUCGCUCAAGAGACUACUAGGUACUAACCCUAAAUCGUUCUCUCAGUUCUGUACCAUAUCGAAAAAAGCAAAAGAACCUUCUCCCAACUCCGCCGCCCCACCUUCACCCCCACGACACGAUCAACCACCACUGGAACACCGUGCAUCACCCGACUCAGUGAUUACAGCAUCAAUGACCUCAAUCGACACGCAAACAAGUUUUUCUUGUUAGACCUUGUGGUGCCAUGGUCAUUCAGCAGCAAUCAAGAAGCUGGGUCAGCAUUAGCUGCUGUUGACAAAGCUUGCUACGCGUUUUUAGUUUCACUGCCUCUUCGAAUCUGACUGCCAGAACAUUGUAGAAGCAAUUCAUAUCCAGUAGGGUUCAAGGACAAGUGAAUUGGGAAUAAUCAGCUAGAGAUGGUUGGGAAUUCAUUGGUUCAAUUUGUCAGUUGCCCUACUGUUUUGUCUUCGUCUUUGAUUACUAGCACAUGCAGUUCUUCAAAAUUCUUGUCUUAUCUGCCACCGAAAUCACAAAAACAACUCUUUAGAGUAAGAGCUACAUCAUCCGCUGAUGCAGGGCAUACCCAGUCACCCUCUUCUUCUAAAGAAAAGAAUCCUUUUGGGGCUAUUUUGGAUGUUCCUCGAACCAUUUGGAGGCAAACAUUUCGUCCGCUGAGCGAUUUUGGGUAUGGCAAGAGGAGCAUUUGGGAAGGUGGAGUUGGAUUGUUUCUUGUGUCUGGCACAGUACUUCUUGCUCUUAGUAUAGCUUGGUUGAGGGGGUUUCAAUUGCGGUCCAAGUUCAGGAAGUAUCUGGCUGUGUUUGAGUUUGCUCAGGCUUGUGGGAUUUGCACUGGUACACCAGUUAGGAUAAGAGGGGUCACCGUCGGUAAUGUCAUUCGUGUUAAUCCUUCCUUGAAAAGUAUUGAAGCAGUUGUUGAGGUUGAAGAUGAUAAAAUAAUCAUACCUCGAAAUUCACUGGUUGAGGUGAACCAAUCUGGGCUUCUCAUGGAAACUCUGAUUGAUAUUACACCUCGGGAUCCAAUCCCCACACCUUCAGUAGGACCUCUUGACAAGGAAUGUGUUAAAGAAGGUGUAAUUGUAUGCGACAGGCAGAAGAUAAAGGGAUAUCAAGGGGUAAGUUUGGAUGCGCUGGUUGGUAUAUUUACUCGCCUUGGACGUGACGUUGAAGAAAUUGGUAUUGCCAACGCCUAUUCAUUGGCUGAACGAGUUUCAUCUGUUGUUGAAGAGGCAAGGCCACUUCUUACAAAGAUCAAAGCCAUGGCUGAAGAUGUUCAACCUUUGCUAGCUGAGGUUCGUGACAGUGGGUUGCUGAAGGAAGUUGAGAGUUUAACAAAAGCCCUUACAGAAGCCUAUGAUGAUUUGAGAAGGGUGCACUCAUCCAUUAUGACCCCUGAGAACACCGAACUAAUUCGGAAGUCCAUAUACACCCUUAUUUUCACUUUGAAGAAUGUUGAGAGUAUAAGUUCUGAUAUUUUGGGAUUUACUGGUGAUGAAGCUACAAGACAGAAUUUAAAAUUGCUUAUCAAGUCUCUCAGCAGGCUAUUGUGAAGCCCAAUGGAAAGUUAGACAUAGGGCAACAAAUUCACUCAUAAUAGUGUUUUGGUCCCUGCUGUUUCAGAUGGGAGAAACUCUUGAGUGGCUUCUUUUUUUUCAGGUUGCUAUGGCAGGGAUAGUCUUGUAUGGUGCCACCUAUUGCAUUGUGUUAUGAGGUUGGGAAGUCAAACCUAAGUUUUUCUGGAAGUUUUAUCUUUUGCUCGUAAUUUAGAAUUGAAUUGAUGUUUGUCGAGGCUUUCCUUUGUAGGGGCCUCCAAUUGUUAUAGAAAUCAUAUUUUCUGGCUUCUCAACUUUGUAUUGUGGAGUGUCGAGCCAGAAAUCAGUUCUGAGCUGCAAGUUGAAAUCAGAAGUUUAGGUGGGAGCCGUAACCUUUCAUUUCAGGAAGUAUGUGAACACUAUUGAUUAAUUUUCCGUAAGACUAUGAUGUGAAUUUGUCCAACUUCUUUCAACUGCCAAUUGAUUUACCCUGAAGUAAAAAUCAAUUCAGUUAUUAU